AAGGAUCUUCAUGUUCGCGUUCAGGCUACAGAUCAUCUUCGCGCUUGUCCUCUUACACUUGAAUGACGUUCGAGGCUUCGUUGCAACAUGUUGUUUCGGUUCUACCUCUUGGAUUCGAAAGUCUCAUAUGCGUGCAGUCAAUGGUCACCUUGGAAGACAUUCAAGUCGCGUGACAGGUCAGCAAACUUGCAGGUUGGCUUGUGGAAGCGGAGAGCCGCUGAGAGAGGCGAGGGUCUCCUUCUGGGAGUGGGAGGCAGUCCGACAGAAAAGCGAGCCAGAAAGGUUGGAAUUCCUCGCGCGAAAGCUCGGGCCAGUGGUGGACGCCAUUCCACAUCAUGAGCUCCAACACCCCCUGAAUUUGAAAAAGUCCAGCAUUGGCGAAAUUUUCCAGCACUUCGAUCAAGACAAGUCUGGUCAUAUUUGCCAGUAUGAGUUGGAAAUCGCCUUGAAGAGCUUUCAGAUUUCCUUUGAUGAAAUGAGCGUGAAAGAAAUCCUGUCUAUCUGUGAUUUGGACAAGGACGGUCGGGUGGACCUGAAAGAUUUCAAACGAGCGGUUGCAAGGAUGCGGACUUACACAAGGAUGAUCAAAGCUGAGGUUGACAAGGAGCUGCAAGAAGCACAACGUUCAAGACAUCACGGGUCGACCUCGCACGAGGCUCUCCGACCUCCGAGCACAGACCUCAAGAGCUUCAGGAUCGCGAUGCUGCAGGAGCUGAAGCACAAGUUGAGACUGGAGGAUUCUUGAUGAGGAAGAAGAUUCCUGAACCGAGAGCUCCAUGUGUGGGCACAAGUCAGCCUGAUGAUUCAGACCGGGAAAUGUUGAGGGGUAAGGGAGGAGAGAGGAGGGAGCAGGUAAUACUGCUUGUAAUGUAGCUGUCUUUUUUCAUAAAUCUACACACGAU